CUCCGGAGUUACACAGAGCAACAGGGUGGAAGAUCGAUCGCGGGGGAUGAGGAGAAGCGCGGAGAGCCGCGGGUGGCGGCGGCCGCCAGCCUGGGGCUGGUCCUGCUGCUACUGCUGGCGGGCGAGAGCUCCGGCGCAGCGCCCACUGAGCCGCCCGCCUCCAACCCACAGCUGCCUCGGCAUCGACAGCUGCGAGCCGGGGCAUCCUGGUGCCGCUGUGGCUGCCGCUGGACCCGCCGCCCGGCGACAAGGCGGCCAGGGCCGUGGUCUACUUCGCCGCCAUGGUCUACCUCUUCCUGGCAUGUCCAUCGCCGCCGACCGCUUCAUGGCCUCCAUCGAGGUGAUCACGUCGCAGGAGCGGGAGAUCACGGUGCGGCAGCCCGGCGGCGAGACCUUCACCACCCGGGUGCGGGUGUGGAACGAGACUGUAUCCAACCUGACGCUGAUGGCGCUCGGCUCGUCGGCGCCCGAGAUCCUGCUCAGCGUGAUCGAGGUGUGCGGCAUGGGCUUCGAGGCCGGCAAGCUGGGCUCCGCCACCAUCGUGGGCAGCGCCGCCUUCAACAUGUUCGUCAUCGUGGCCAUCUGCGUGUAACUCGUGCCCGACGGCGAGUGCCGCCGCAUCCGCCACCUGCGGGUCUUCUUCGUCACCGCCUUCUGGAGCGUCUUCGCCUACGUCUGGAUCUACCUGGUGCUGGCCGUCUCGUCGCCGGGCGUGGUGGAGGUCUGGGAGGCGCUGCUGACCUUCGCCUUCUUCCCGCUCUGCGUGUUGCUGGCCUGGGCCGCCGACCGCCGCCUGCUCGUCCGGCGCUUCGCCCGCAAGCACUACCGGGCCGACAAGGCCGGCGGGGCGGUGAUCGUCGAGGGGGCUCCGGGGGCGCCCGGGGCGCAGCCGGGCUCCGAGCAGGAGGAGGCGGCGGCCAGGCAGACCAUGGCGCGGCUCCUGCGGGAACUGAAGCAGCGGCACCCCGGCAAGGAGAACGCGCAGCUGAUGGAGAUGGCCAGCUACCAGGCGCUGCUGCAGCAGCACAAGAGCCGCGCCUUCUGCCGGGUGCACGCCACCCGCCGCCUGAUCGGCGAGGGCAACGUGCUGAAGCGGCACGCCGCCGAGCACAGCCGCCGCUGCCUCAGCCUGUCCUCCGGCAGCCUCAGCAGCGCCCUCGGCUCCGAGGAGUCCCGGCGGGCCGGCGUCCUCGUCUACUUCGAGCCCGCCGAGUACCAGUGCUUCGAGAACUGCGGCUGGGUGCGCCUGACCGUGGCGGUGGCGGCGGAGGCGGAGGGCGGCGGCGGCGGCGGCGGCGCCGGCUUCCCGCUGGCCGUGGACUACCGCACCGAGGAGCGCACGGCCAACGCGGGCUCCGACUACGAGCACGCCGAGGGGACGCUGCGCUUCGGGCCGGGCGAGGCCAGGCAGCUGCUGCCGGUGCGGAUCAUCGACGACGACGUCUACGAGCCGGACGAGUUCUUCCAGGUGCGGCUGAGCAACCCGCGGGCGGAGGGCGCCGGGGGCCGGGCUGGUGGCGCUGGGCGCGCAGAGCCGGCCACGGUCACCAUCCUGGACGACGACCACGCCGGCAUGUUCGGCUUCGAGCGGGACCACGGGCGGGUGAGCGAGAGCGUCGGCUCCGUGCUGGUUCGGGUGCUGCGCACUUCGGGCUCCCGCGGCGCCGUGCUACUGCCGUACCGGACGCUGGAGGGAACAGCCAAGGCGGCGGAGGACUUCGUCAGCCUCAGUGGCCAGCUGCUCUUCCAGAACGACGAGACCGUGAAGACCAUUGAAGUGCAGAUUAUCGAUGACGAGGAAUACGAGAAGAACAAGAACUUCUUCAUCGAGCUGGGGCAGCCAAAGCUGGUGGACGGCAAGUGUCAGACAGAUGGCUCGGGCGCGACGGAGGACCCGGCCCAGCAAGGGUGCCCCUGCCUCGGGGAGCACCUUAAGAUGGAGAUCAUCAUAGAGGAGUCCUACGAGUUUAAGAGCACGGUGGACAAGCUGAUCAAGAAGACCAACCUGGCAAUGGCAGUAAGCAGCAGCAGCUGGAGGGAGCAGUUUGUCAAAGCAGUGACGGUCAGCGCCGGUGAAGAUGACAACGACGAUGGCUCCAGUGAGGAACGGCUCCCCUCCUGCUUUGAUUACAUCAUGCACUUCCUGACGGUGUUCUGGAAGGUUCUGUUUGCCUUCGUGCCCCCCACAGAGUACCUGAACGGCUGGGCCUGCUUCGUGGUCUCCAUCAUACUGAUCGGGAUCCUGACAGCCAUCACCGGGGACCUGGCCAAGCACUUCGGCUGCACGAUCGGGCUCAAGAAUUCCGUCACCGCCAUCGUCUUCGUGGCCUUGGGGACCUCCAUCCCAGACACGUUUGCCAGCAAGGUGGCAGCCAUUCAGGACCAGUUCGCUGACGCCUCCAUCAGCAACGUGACGGGGAGCAAUGCCGUCAACGUCUUCCUGGGCAUCGGCGUGGCCUGGACCCUGUCCGCCAUCUACUGGGCCACCAAGGGCCAGUCUUUCCGCGUGGACCCGGGAAACCUGGCCUUCUCCGUCACCAUCUUCACCAUCUUCGCCUUGGUCGCCAUUGCCAUCCUGUUGUACCGCCGCCGCCGGGAAAUCGGGGGCGAGCUCGGGGGCCCCUGGGCGGCCAAGCUCUGCACCUCGGGCUUCUUCAUCCUGCUCUGGCUCGCUUACAUCAUCCUGUCCAGCCUGGAGGCCUACUGCUAUAUCAGCGGCUUCUGAGGCCCG